AUGACUGGAAGCUUGACGAUCCGGAAGCCUGCGCCCGCGUUCACGGCCGACGCGGUGGUCGAUGGCAAGUUCACGAAGAUCUCGCUGGCCGACUACCGAGGCAAGUACGUCGUGCUGUUCUUCUACCCCAUGGACUUUACCUUUGUGUGCCCGACCGAGAUCUGCGCGUUCAGCGACCGCGUCGAGGAGUUUGAAAAGCUCAAUACGCAGGUCAUCGGCGCGUCGAUUGACUCGAAGUUCACGCACUUGGCGUGGAUCAACACGCCGCGGAAGAAGGGCGGGCUGGGUGAGAUGCACAUUCCGCUCGUGGCAGACGUGACGAAGGAGCUGUGCAUGAAGUACCACGUGACCGUCGAGGACGGCGAUGAAGUGGGCGUGGCGUUCCGCGGUCUCUUUAUCAUUGACAAGGAGGGCAUUUUGCGGCAAAUUACCAUCAACGACCUGCCGAUUGGUCGCAACGUGGACGAAGUGCUGCGGCUGCUCGAAGCGUUUCAGUUUCACGAGGAGCACGGCGACGUGUGUCCGGCGAACUGGAAGAAGGGCAGCAAGGCCAUGACGGCGGGCCCGAAGGAGUCGCUGCAGUACUUUGAGUCGCUGGAAGAGCCACUGAAGAAGCGCAAAGUUGCCGCGUAA